GAGCGCGAGCCACGGUCCCAGUGACCACAAACAGGAGAAGGUUAGUCAGUCGAACUUCUGUGCAUUUUUUUUUUUUUUUAGGAGUGUUUAAAUGGACCAUGGAGAGUCUCGGCGGCCGGAGAAGAGGCGCAGGAGACGCCGCGUCGCUCUGUGCGUCGCCGCCGUCCUGCUUCUCCUUAUUAUCGUCGCCGUAGUGCUCGGAGUGACGCUGAGUAAAGAAACGAAUCAAUUCCAGUCUGUGUUCUUUAGCAGGUGUGAGAAGUUCAAAGGACACGACUGUCAAAAGAUAUGGGAAGCGUUUCAACAAGCCUAUGUAAACCAGGACCCCUGUGAUGUUCCGAUGGAAGCCUACGACCCCCUCAUCACUGCAGCCCCCUUCAAACCUACAUGCAACAGAAUGAUGUUCUGGAGCAAAACAAAGGAUGUGGUCCAUGAGUUUACUGAGAAGAGAGACUGUUUUGUUACUCUGGAGGACACUCUGCUGGGAUCUGUCCUGGAUGGGCUGACCUGGUGUGGAAAGGAGGGCAGCAGCGAAACAUUCACCAGCGACUGCCCGGGUUGGACAGACUGUGAGAACAACACGGUCCGCUCGUUUUGGAACAGAGUCUCAGCUGCUUAUGCAGAUAUUGCCUGCGGUGACGUCACAGCGAUGUUAAACGGAUCCAUCGCCGUACCGUUCAGUCCCACGAGUAUUUUUGGGAGCAUCGAGGUGAAGGGGCUUAACGCCACCAGGGUGAAAAGCCUGAAUGUUGUUCUGGUCACGGACGAGAAAAAUGUGACAAACUGCACAAAUGCAUCUUUAAAGGACCUACAGAAAGAGCUGGCUGAGGGAAUAAAAUAUAACUGCAAGGAAGUGCCUGAAACUCAGAUCCAGGAAUGCGGCUCCAAUCCACAGAAACCCUGUGGAUCCUGCUGGUGAAAAAUCUCUUUUCUGUUAAGUCUUUCUGAAUGUAAUUUAAAUAUUUUUGUAACCGUGGGCCAGUAGCAGACAGUGAGAAAUGUCUUUUUACAUAAAAGUUGCUGAUGUGUUUUUGCAAAAUGACAAUGCACCUUUUAAUUUUGUAAGGUGUGAUAUAUGGGAACUUUUUAUGAUAACAGUUGUGAUAAAUGUUUAGUAGUAACAUGUCAGUGCUGCUAUUCAUGUUCAACUCACAAUCUCACUUGAACUUGCUGGCAGAAUGUGCUCUAUUUUUUAAAUAAAAUGUGAAAAUAUCUCUAUAA